AUGUCAUCGAUCCACGCAGGUGAUUGCAGUGACAUGCCUGCUGCAUCAGCGAAUGCAAUGCGUGCACGUGCCCACCACAAAAAAGAGCAAGCUUUUCGUCGUAUCGGAGCGCUGCCUGGAAUUCAGAUGAUAUCAAAUCCAGACAAGAUCGUGGAGCACGGGAGCACGACGCGUCGACGGUUGCGAAUGCAAAACGAGGUGGUGAUUUGCUGCUUUAGACUCGCUUUUGGGCUUGUACCUACAAUUGCACCGUCUGACAUAUCCAGUUCCAUAAAUUUACAGUCACGUGUCGCCUAUCUUGAUGAAGUGUUAGUCUAA